GAGGUGCUUGCUGUCCCUCCUGUGUCCUAGAAUGCAGUUUGUUUUCUAAAUCCCUACUGGUCACCCCUGUGGUUCUGGGCGGAUCUCUAGGCCCUUUUUCACGUGAGCCCUGUCUGCAAUUUGGAAGUCAACAGUUGCCUGUGUUGUUUUUCUAUUUCUCCCGACCCGUUUUCCUCGCUCCCAGUGUGUUGAUAAAAUGGAAGAAGGGAGAGGAGGACUUGAAGAGACAGGCGAGGAGGAUGUAUUCUAUUCUAUUCUAGAAUGUUCAAGUCUUGUGGAAGAGCAAACCAAAAGCAACCUAAAGGUGACCUCCCAGCAGAAGCCCUCAACACGACCUUAGCAGCUCCAGUGUAGGGGACCAGGCUGAGCACCUCUCCCUGGCCUCCCUGGAGUCUCUGGACACCAUGUCAGAGGCUGAUGCCCCCACCACCUUCACCAGAGGCAGCCGCUCCCGCGCCAGCCUGCCCGUAGUGCGCUCCACCAACCAGACCAGGGACCGCUCGCUGGGCGUGCUGUACCUGCAGUACGGAGAGGAGACCAAGCAGAUCCGGAUGCCCAAUGAGAUCACCAGUGGCGACACCAUCAGGGCUCUGUUUGUGAGUGCCUUCCCCCAGCAGCUCACCAUGAAGAUGCUGGAGUCUCCGAGUGUGGCCGUCUAUGUCAAAGAUGACAUGAGGAACAUGUACUACGAGCUUACUGACGUCAGGAAUAUCACGGAUCACUCCUGCCUGAAGGUGUACCACAAGGACCCCGCACAAGCCUUCAGUCACGGCCCAAGACCCACCAACGGCGAUGCCAGGAUGCACAGAGAGGUGAUGUAUGGCAGCAGAGAUGGCCAGCACCCCCCAAUGCGACAGCUCUCCAUGGGCCCCCCUCCACACCACCCCAUGCAGGGCUCCCUGUCCCCACCCACGGCCCACUCCCUGCCCCCCUCGCCCUCCCGGAUCCCCUUCGGCCCGCGCCCGGGGUCCAUGCCAGGCACUGCCACCAUGCCACGGGAGCGCAUCUCCAACGCCACCCCUCCCGCACGAUCCGUGUCCCCCUGCCCCAGCGCCAUCCUGGAGAGGCGGGACGUCAAGCCCGACGAGGACCUGAGUGCUAUGAGUCCCAGCCUAUUGAGGGGUGGAGAGGGGCUGUACGCCGACCCAUACUUGCUCCUCAACGAGGGGAGGAUGGGCCACGGCCUUGCCCAUGGAGGGCACCCUCCUGCUGGGGACAUUGUGGACCAUGGCAGCCUGGCUGGAUACCACCGUGUCUCCAUCCGCUCCACAGGCUCCUACAGCGGGCCCAGCCCCACCGAGGCCAUGGAACAACCGUCACUCUACCGCCAGAAGUCCAGGAAGUACGGAGACAGCCAGCUGCCCACGCUGGGCUCCAAGACCCCGCCCCCCUCCCCCCACAGGAUGGCAGAAGUGAGGAUGAUUGACAUCCAUGGAGCCACGCCUCCUCAUGGCGGCAUUCCCCUGGAGCGCUCCUCGCCUGUUCGUCAGACCUUCAGGAAGGAGGAAGUGGUCAAAAGCAGGAGUAACAUGGCAUCUCCAGUUGUGCCGGACCUCCAGGGUCACGGCCCUAUCCCUCCAGCCAACGACCCACAGACACGCGAACGACCCAUGAAGACAUCAAGACAAGCGUCUCCGGGUCAGAGUGCACACAGUGCAGGAGGUUCCCCUAUCCUAGCACCCAAAAGUGCCGCACUCCCCUCUGAGAGUGGCUCCACCCCUGCACUACCAGGCUCUGCCCCCUUUCAGGCCAACCUGUUCCAGUUCAAGAAGAACGUCUCGGACCUUCGGCUGCAGCUCCAUCAGAUGAGACAGCUGCAGCUCCAGAACCAGGAGGCUCUAUGUGUGCAGCUGAAGCGGGCUGAGCAGGAGAUCAGCGUGAAGCUGGUGGAGGCAAUGAAACGUCUGGAAGCCCCAGUCCAGAGACAGAGAAUCACUGGUGGAGGAGGACAGACACAGUACCUGGGCUUGGAGGAGAGGGUAUUCAACCAGCUAGGGGAACUGGAGCAUUAUGUGGACACUCUGAAGAGGGAGAGCAGCUCGGCGGGGGCUCACAGAGCUGUGACACUGAAGCAUGUGGAAGAGGGGGCUGUUAGCCUCAGGAGAGUGGGAGAAUCUCUGGCAGGACUCAGAGGGGAGUUCCCGCCGCUGCAGACCAGGAUGCGUUCGGUGCUGAGGGUGGAGGUGGAGGCAGUUAAGUUCCUCAAAGAGGAGCCCCACAAACUGGACAGCAUGCUGAAGAGAGUCAAGAGCCUCACGGAGACACUCAGCGGCCUGAGGAGAUGUGCUACAACCCCAAUAGAGAACAGCCCAGCCACCACCACCAUGGUGGACCCCGACCCCCCAGCGGAGCCUCCAGCCUCCCCCUCGGCCCUGCCCGAGCCCCAGAGCUCCUCCAUCAGGUCUGAGGUGGUCAUGCCCUCCUGCCCCAUGGUCAUCCACCACGUCCAGAGCUCUCCGGUCCACAUUCAGCAGUCCCAGCAGUCUGCAGCCCUGCUGGUCCAGCCCAGUCCCCCCAUAACCCCCACCCACAGCCAGGGCCGGGACUCCCCCAGCUCAGCCAAGGGUUCCACUGGCACCACCUCGGCCUCAAACUCCAACCCCUCCAGCCAGGGGGGAAGCCCUGCCCAGCAGAAGAAGACCCCUGCUGCCACUGCUGCUGCCAACCAAGAGCUGCCCACCCAGGCUCCGGUCAAUAACGGCAGCAAUGGUACAGGGAACUUCUUCAUCGAGGAGAUUCACACCAAGAGCAGCAAGAGCAAAAACAGGGCCAUGUCUAUAAAGGCAGCAGAGAAGGAGUGGGAGGAGCGGAGGCAGAACAUGGGCCACUAUGAUGGGAGGGAGUUUGAGAGGAUCCUGGAUGAGGCCCAGGCCAACAUGAUGAAGGGCAUCCCCUGUCUGGAGGUGCCGAGCGAGGGGGAGGCCUCUACAGUGACCCCUGCUGCCCUGGAGGACCAAGUGGAUUCCCCCAAGCCUGUGGCGCCAAUCACAGAAGAGACUCCGCCUGAGCCCAGCUCAGAGAAACCAGCCAUAGCCAAGCCUGCGUGUCCUGAGAAACUCCCCAAGCCGGUACUAGAGAAGCCCACCACCAAGCCCACCGCCCCUUCAGACAAAGUGGGCAAAGUCAGCUUGGAGGCCAGCAAGUCGCCUCCCCCUCCUCCACCCAGAAAAACCUUCUCCAGCUCUGGAAUGACCACCACUAGGUCUGGAGAGGUGGUCUACACCAGCAGGAAUGAGUCUGCCUCGGGACAGGAGGAAGAGGAGGCUGAGGUCCCAGCUGCCCAGCGCAAACCCACCAAGAUCCCCCCAGAGACCACGCCCUCCACCCCUGCCCCCGUUGCUGCCUCAGCCAUCCACGAGGAGGAGGAGGACGACGAGGGGGACAAAAUCAUGGCAGAGCUCCAGGUGUUCCAGAAGUUCACAGUUAAGGAUGUAGGGGUGAAAAGUAGUGUGCUAGAGACACACCCUACUCGAGUUGAGCCCCAGAUCAGAGAGCUAAGACCCGGGGCCUUAUUGCCCCUCAAAGAGAAAAAGAGCUCUGAGAACACUCGUGAGGACAAAGAUCCCAACGUGGAUGAAAACGGGAACACCACCCCUCUUCGUCAGAGCCCUGGGGUCAUAUACUACGUAACUGGGCAGAUCUCCAAAGAGCAGCCACCACCCCUGGCCCCAGUGGAGGAGGCUCCUGAAUGCAGAGACAACCCUACACUGUCCCCCUCACAGGUGUCAAAUGUGAAUGCUAAUGACAAUUCUCCAAGCCAGCAGCCACAGCAGCCGCAACCGAAACCCCAGCAGUUAGGGCCACCCAUAUCUCCCAAGCCUCUGUUCUUGAAUUUCCCCAGCCCUCUGUCUCAGAAACAGGUGGUGAGAUCAGAGUCGUUGAAGACCAGCCCAGGAGUGGUAGAAGGGGUUCUGGAAAGCCCAAGGGCCAACACUGUAGAUAAGCCUCAGAUAAGCACAGUCAAGAGACUUGAGACUCCAGUCUUCUCAGUCGUCCAGGAGUCCAGCAUUUCACUUAGUAAGAGUGUUGUGUUGCCCGCUGCAUUGCCUAAAGUCUCUCCACCAAUCACCAUGACAGAGGCUCUUAAGGCAGUGGUGUCUCCCACAGAGAAGGCCCUUAGUGAGGCCACCAAUCAACCCAGAGAUCAGCCCAGACCCAAGUAUGAGGAAGUGGAAGAGGAGGCCUUUCUGAGCCCUGACCUCCCUGGUGAGGAAGGCCCUCCGCCCCCAGACAACAUCGCCUUCAUGAUCACCAACACCAAGGUCCAGGCCCUGUCCUGUGGGGAGUACCAGGAGCUGGUCAACGCCAAACGGGGCAUCCAGACCGUGACCGUGUGUGGGGGACCUGGGAAACGGGAGAUGACCAACACCACCCCGGGCGGCUCGGCGGGGUCACAGGACAAUGGCUUCAACAACAAGAAGCCGGUCAUCAUCAUCUUUGACGAGCCCAUGGACAUCCACUCGGCCUACAAGCGCCUGUCCACGGUGUUUGAGUGUGAGGAGGAGCUGGAGAGCAUGCUGGCCGCGGAGCGCAUAGACGAGGAGGACGAGGAGUUGGAGGAGACAUGGGGGAGCAGCGGCGGACUGCAGAACGCAACCAGUGUCGCUUCCCCUACUAGUCGGAUGCCAGUGCCCCUGUCUGCGAAGUCCAGGCAGUCGCCAGGGACUACUACUGACAAAGCAGGAAAACAGCAAAAGCUACAGGACAGCACUCAGAGGCAGUUUCGACAGGCUAACGGAAGCGCUAAAAGAGCGGGGGGGGAUCAUAAAACUACUUCCCCUACUUUACCUGCCUCUAAAAUCCCAGCUUUUUAUCCUAGCUCUGGUAAAGGCAGCACCUCCCAGUCUGCUCCAAACUCAGAUGCUACUAACCCUAUUAACCUUUCCUCCUCUUCCAACUCCUCCUCUUCCUCCCCCCACACCACCAAGUCCUCCAUCCCAUCCCCUCACGCCCCCCGCCACCCUGGCUCGGCCCUCUCCACCUUCUCCCACAUCCCCUCGCUCUCUAACGGUUCCUCCCUUAAACUCCCCACACCCUCUCACACCGGUAAAGCUCUCUCGUUCUCCUCGCAGACUCAAAACGGUCGAGCACCCUCCUCCUCCUCCUCCCCCUCCCCUCUGUCGCCCACCCCGUUGGGCCCGGGUGUGAAGAGCAUCCGCACCAUACACACCCCCAGCUUCACCAGCUACAGGCCCCAGAAUGGCAGCAGCGGCAAAUCCUGCAUCCCAACCACCACAGCAGCCAAGGACUCCACUUAGUACAGUAGCCCUGUUUGGGUUUCUGCUCUCUCUCUCUCUCUCUCUCUCUCUCUCUCUCUCUCUCCCCCUCUUAGGAGCUAGAUUUAUUCUGUUGUUUAUUGGUUUGUAUUUUGUUGUAAAAAGGGUAAUGGAUGCACUUCCCCAACCAUUCAUAUUUCAAUUUGAUUUGUCACUGGCAUUCUCACACUGAUGCUUUGACUUCGUUUUAAGUUGCAUUUUCCUUUGGCUGAUGCUUUGAACUUGAAUCCUGGAUUUUAAAAAGGUGUACUGAGGAGUACUGAGGAAAUUAUUUUAAAGAUGAAAAAAAUAAGAUUUUUCUGACUAAGAAAAUACAGUUGAUGUACAAUCACUAUUACCGUGUAAAAAAAUGAGUUUUAUUUUUGAAAACCAGAGACUGGAUAACCAUAGUAUAUCGUCAUCUUACACUAUUUCUUGUGUUCUCAUUCAGCAUAGCCCUUGUAAAUGCCUUUUAUGAAUGUAUACUGUAAGUAUACAGACGUUUAAAGUGGAAUUGCGUUGACUUGACUUCUAUUUUGCUAAGAAUAUUUUCUCAUAUAGUUAUCCAUGCACUGCCAAUGUAUUUUUUAGGAGAUUUAUGAGGUAUGACAGUUAUUUCUGUAGUUAUUGUGCCUACUUGCCAAAGUUGUGUCAUUUCCUGACUGUAUUACUGUAAUCAUGACAUACCAAGUGGAAACUCUACACAUACACUCAAGGUGUGAUGGCUGAGGUCUUUACCUUCAAUAGCUUGACUGGAGUUCUAUGUUUCCUAAGUUAAUGUUUAUCGAUGUCUAAAUGUAUACAGUACUAAAAACAAAAGAAAUUCACAAACUGUUCUAGCAAAGUGUACAUAAAUGCUUCUAUUAAGAACUUUAGUAGUUUUGUUAACAUACCAAAGUUUCUUUGUAUGCAUGCCUUUAAGAUACUUUAGGAGAGGGAUUCGUGUUAAAAGAAGAAUUAUGUUUGCACAGAUAGAUUUUGUAAAUAUUUGGUUUGCUCUCAUUUUUGUAAAGCUUUAAACCAUACUACAUAAAAAGCAAUGUGGUAAAGAAUUGUGUUGGAAUAAAAACAAUAAAGGUCUGCAUGCUUGUAAUGCAUUUAAGUUCUA